AUGGUGUUGGAUGAUAUUGCUAAGAAGAAGGAAAUGUCCGAGGCGUUCACAUAUCACUACAAAGUUAAUGCUUCUAACCAGUUGGUUGCUCUAUUUUGGUGUGACAAUCUAAUGAAGAGGAAUUACCACAUGUUUGGUGAUAUUGUAGCCUUUGACUCCACGUACAACACAAACAGGUACUGUAUGAUCUUCACUCCUUUCACUGGUAAGGAUAAUCAUGGAAGACCUGUAACCUUCGCUGCCGGAUUGGUGUGCAGCGAGAAAAUAGGGGCAUUUGCUCGGUUGUUCAGACAUUUCGUCGAAUGCAUGGGUUUAGCGCCCAAGAUGAUCGUGACAGAUCAAGAUUUGGGCAUGAGAUCAGCUAUUGAAGAGGUUCUAGUUGGCACUCGCCACUGUUGGUGUAUGUGGCAUAUAAUGCAUAAGUUGGCCACCAAGGUACCGAACAAGUUGCUGAGGGACGACGAUUUCAAGAAGGAAUUCAAUGCUUGCGUGUGGUCGGACCUGUUUGAACCUGACGAAUUUGAAGAGGAGUGGAAUAGAUUGGUGGAACAUCAUGGGCUGGAGGACGUUGACUGGUUCACCACAUUGUACGAGUAUAGGCAAUUCUGGAUACCGGCAUACUUUAGAGAUUUUCCUUUGGGAUCGAUGAUUAGGACUACGUCCAUAUCCGAAUCGGAGAAUAGCUUCUACAAAAAAUUUCUGAAGCCCCGAGCUAACAUUGCUGAAUUCUACUUGAAUUUCAACAACGCCCUUGAAUUCCAGCGGAACAGUAGAACAACGUUGAACUACCACGAUGCUACUGCCCUGCCUAGACUGGCCACUACUCUGCCAUUCGAGAAACAUGCUUUCACGCUGUACACCGACAGUAUGUUCAAGAAAAUCCAAGAAGAAAUUAUUAAGGGUAAUGACAGAUGCCGCGUGCUUGGAUUUUCAUCUGCAGAAAUGGUUGACACCUACAAGCUUGGGGACAGCAAGCUCAAUUCAUACAUGAAUGAAGACUCCCUUAGCCAAGGCAGUACAUGGGGAGUUUCAGGAUGCCCUGCCAGGUCCAUCAUUGACGAUAGGCAAACAGUGUCUAAGCAGGCGAUUUCGAUGUUCUAUGGGUUUCUUAGACGAUUUGAGACCGACAUUGAAGUGCUACGUGAAUUCGUAGGUGGCGCCGAAGAACUUGGCAAUUCUCUUCAAGUUGGUACUCCGUCAACGUCCGCCUCUGAAAAGAGGCGGAUGAUUGAAGAGUUUUAUGGUAUGGUAAGGCCUGAAGUAGUUGAGGUCCAUCCUUCGGAUGUCGUGAAGACCAAGGCCCACGCUAGCAGCCCAGCGAGCCGUCUGAUUUCGAAGAGAGAGAAGACUAUAAAGGAUGCUACUAGGCCUCUUAGACGGUGUAAGGCGUGCGAUGAGAUGGGCCAUCACGACUCUAGAAAUUAUCCAAUGCUUAAAGAGAUGACGUUGGAGAAAGAGAAGCGGAAGGGCAAGAGGCCAACUUGA